CCGUGAUAAAUUUGUUGGCCAAUGAGUUCAGAAAACGACGACAACUUUGAUUUCUAUUUUCAAUCGAUUGAAACGAUUCUAGGGUUUUUUUAUUUUAUGGCCGACGCGCUCUCUGUGAUUCCUCCCGCCGUUCUCCGAAACCUCUCCGACAAACUUUACGAGAAGCGGAAGAAUGCUGCUCUAGAAAUUGAAGGAAUCGUGAAGCAGCUAGCGGCGGCGGGAGAGCAUGAUAAGAUUACGGCCGUGAUAAAUUUGUUGGCCAAUGAGUUCACGUACUCGGCACAGGUGAAUCACCGGAAAGGAGGAUUGAUUGGACUGGCUACAGCCACUGUUGCUUUGACUGGUGAAGCUGCUCAGCAUCUUGAGAUUGCACACAGCCUUGAUUCUACUGAGAGGUUUGCGCUCUAUAAGCUUCCAGGAUCAUUGGACUAAGGAUGACUCUUUAAA